AUGUGGUGCUUUAAUUGUUUCUACAAAUGUUUCAAGCGUGAAAAUGCAUCCCCUAGACCUACCACCAACGUGACCACCUCGGUUCAUACCGUCGAGGACAUUAAUACGCACAUAUCUUCCUCUACCCCUAGUGCACAAGAGGGGAAGGGAAAAGUAACCGAUAUGUAUACUUUAGGAAAAAUCAUUGGCUCGGGCUCGUACUCGGUUGUUCGUGAAAGUAUCCACAUCAGUUCCAAACGUCGGUUUGCAAUCAAGUGCAUAAAACGUGCAGACCUCUCACCCGAUGAUGACGCUGCGAUUCAAUUUGAAGUGGCCAUUUUACACCAAAUGCAACACCCCAAUAUAAUGACAUUGGAAGAAUUUUUUGUCGAACCAGAUUAUUAUUAUCUUGUCACGGAAUUUGUCGGUGGGGGUGAAUUAUUUGAUCGAAUUGUGGCAAAAACCUUUUAUACGGAAAAAGAAGCCCGUGAUUUGGUGAAAAUUCUAAUUCAAGCAAUACAAUAUUGUCACGAUCAAAAUAUUGUUCAUCGGGAUCUCAAACCUGAAAAUUUAUUGCUCAUGUCAGCAAAUGAUGAUGCAAGUAUUAAACUUGCCGAUUUUGGGUUUGCUAAAACAGUGACACCCAAUGACUCGGGACUUGUGACUACAUGUGGAACACCGGGAUAUGUGGCACCUGAAAUUUUAGAAGGAACAUCGUAUGGCAAACCGGUGGAUAUUUGGAGUAUUGGAGUCAUUACGUACAUUUUAUUGGCUGGAUAUCCUCCUUUUCAUGAUGAUUCACAACCAGUUUUGUUUCAGAAAAUUCGCAAAGGAAAAUAUUAUUAUGAUUCACCUUAUUGGGAUAAUGUAUCAACGAACGCCAAGGAAUUUAUCUCGAAAAUGUUGGUAGUCAAUCCAAAGGAUCGGGCGACGGCACAAGAAUUAAUGCAGCAUAAAUGGAUCACUGGAACGGACGUGGCAACUGUACCAUUGACGAGUGCAUUGACCGAAUUGCGACGGUUUCAUGCAAGAAAGAAAUUCAAAGCAGCCGUUCACUCGGUACAAGCGACGAUCAGCAUGAACAAGACACUUUCUGGUUUAAGUGAAUCUGCUAGGAACAGCAACUCUCUUCCUGCAGUGUCUGUUUAG